AUGAGGGUGUAUGCUGCAGGAACACCAAUCGGUCCGGUACGUACAAACCCUAUACUCCAAUAUUCAAUCGUGAGCAUUCGCAAGAAUACGACGAAAAAGAUCGAGAGUUUCUUUUUUUUGGCAGUACAUAACAUUCAGAUCAAUUCCUCAAAGAGUCACAAUCUUGCAUUCUCUUAUCUUUCUGCAUCCACACGUAACCUCAUCCUUCCAUCUCUGACGCGUAUCUCCGUAAUGGAUAGGGAGAAACAACUGCAAACUCCGUCAAAUCCGGCGCUGGGUUUGACAUCGCCCACUCGUCUAGACCUCGGCAAAGCAAGCAGAGUGCCCACGCUGGCGGGCAGCGCAGAUCGGAUCUCACGAUCGCCAAUUCGAGCCCUCAGAAGCCCUCUCAAGACCCUCACAGCAACAGAACAGCUCCGGCCGGGGCCAGUCAUCAGCCCCUCGAGACAGCUGUCACUAGCGUCCCCAGUGCGGCGGUCAGGGUCGCCAGAGCGUAGACAGCGUAUUCUUGAGCUAGAGAGAGAAGGUCGCCCCGAUAAGCGACCAAAAACAGUCACCGUCAAUGCGGAGCCACAGGUUUUGGGCGAGAGCAUGAAGGCCGGAAGCUCGAAAGCGCAGCUGGUGGUCGAGGUUUUGAAGGAAACCAAUGCAUUGUUGUAUGAGAUGAAGGAGACCCAAAGACAACUAGUGGCAGAAGUGAAGGACCUUAAAGAAACAGUGCGUGAACUCAAGAGGAGGUCUGAUUCCAGAUGA